AUGGAGGCCCUUAGUAGAUUGAUGAGAAGGGCUAUUGAAUUAGGUCUUUUGAGGGGCUUUUGGGUUGGCAGGGAUGCUGUUUUUCAGUUGGAGAUCUCUCAUUUGAUGUUUGCUGAUGACACUUUAGUUCUUUGUUAUGUGAAUAUGUCCCAGAUUAGAUAUCUGAGAUGUGUUUUGAUUUGGUUCCAAGUUGUCUCCGGCCUCAAGAUGAAUGUGGGUAAGAGUGUUUUGGUGCCGGUUAGGGAGGUCCCUGAGAUUGAGACUUUUGCUGACAUUCUUAGUUGUCGUACUGGUUCAUUUCCCAUUUCUUACUUAGGUUUGCCUCUGGGUGCUCCUUCGAGGUGUGUGGGGAUUUGGGACCCAGUGGUGGAUAGAUUUGAGAGAAGGUUGGCUGUUGCGGAGAGUUGCAGCGUAAUUUUCUGUGAGGUGGUAGAGGUGAAGAGUUUAAGUUUCAUUUGGUGUGAUGGGAUCAAAGAUGGGAGGAGGAUUUGUUUUGGGGAGGAUGUGUGGUGUGGAGAUGUUCCUCUCGCUCUCGCUUUUCCUCAGCUUUACAAGAUUGCUUCAGAUAGGCAGGCUAUGGUGGUUAACUGUUAUUAUCUUGAUAAUAGGAGACUUAUUUGGGAUGUUCGAUUCAGGCGUUUCUUUCAGGAUUGGGAGAUCGAGAAGGCCAUUCGUUUCUUGGAGUUGUUGUAUCGCCAAAGGAUUAUGGAGGAGGAUUCGGAUUGUUGGUCUUGGGUUGCAAACUCCCAGGGGCGUUUUGAGAUGAGGUCUUUCUUCAGGUGUCUCUCAUUUGAUCAUAGAGUUCGUUUUCCUUGGAAGUCUGUUUGGCGUUCUAAGGCUCUUCUCAAGGUGGCUUUCUUUGUGUGGACUUUGGUUCUGGGUAGGAUCUUAACCCAUGAUAAUUUAAGAAUGAGGAGCCAGGUAGUGUUCAAUCGUUGUUAUAUGUGUCUUCGGGAUGAGGAAUCAAUGGAUCACCUUCUCAUUCAUUGCUCUUUGGCUAGAUAG